AUGGCGGCCCCGGACUACCACCGCUCCACCAGCUUUCCCCCUCGACCUUACCGACGAUACGAAGACGAACCAACUUUGCCGCGUCUGCCUUCCAUCUACUCGCAGGACGAACCCACUCUUCCCCGACUGCCAUCCUCCUUCUCGCUGCGUGAACCGACUCUACCCCGUCUACCCUCCAGCAACUCGCAGACCACCUAUGACAGCUAUUCACACCUCUCUCCAGUCCCUUCAUACCACUCUUUUCCCCGCUACAGCGAACCCUACGAAUAUAGCGACACCAUACCUCUCACCGGCAGGAAGAAAUCGGAGUCGCAUCACACCGUCGUGCCCGUCCAACCUGAGCAGGAGCUGCAAGAUGAUCUAUUCAUCCGCGAUGCUGAUCCCUCGAAGCGGAGAAAGAGAAGAAACGCCCCGCCGCCUCCACGAGAGGGCUGGUUUACUGGCAAGAUUACAUGGGUCGUGUUUGUCCUCACGGUGAUUCAGCUGAUCGUCUUUCUCGCCGAGGUCAUACGGAAUGCGAUCCUCACAGCUUCGCCCAUCGAGAUUCACCCCUCCUUCAACCCUAUGAUCGGCCCUUCUCCCUACGUGAUGAUCAACAUGGGCGCCCGCUACCAACCCUGCAUGCACAACAUGCCCAAUGUCCAGAAUGCGAGUACCACGAUAUCUUGGCCCUGUCCCAACGCAACUGCCGUCACCGGCUCGAGCGUGACUUGCUCGCUAAGUGAGCUCUGCGGUUUCAAUGGCGUCCCCAAUCCGCAUCCGCACGGCAGCAUUCAUGAGAAACCUGCUCCAAACCAGUGGUGGAGAUUCAUCACCCCGAUAUUCAUUCAUGCCGGCAUAAUACAUAUCGGGUUCAACCUUCUCCUUCAAUUGACCCUUGGACGGGACAUUGAGAAGCUGAUCGGCAGCAUUCGCUUCGCAAUCGUCUACUUCGCCUCCGGCAUCUUUGGGUUCGUGCUCGGCGGCAACUUCGCCGCGAAUGGCAUAGCCUCAUGCGGCUGUUCCGGCAGUCUCUUUGGCAUCCUCGCCAUCACCCUUCUGGAUCUCUUGUACACAUGGAAGCGAAGAACGGGACCGAUCAAAGACCUUCUUUUCAUCCUCGUCGACGUUCUUGUUGCCUUUGUGCUCGGCCUGCUGCCCGGCCUGGACAACUUCAGUCAUAUUGGAGGGUUCCUCAUGGGGCUUGUGCUCGGCAUAUGCCUGCUUCGCUCUCCGACAUCCAUCUCGAAACGCACGUCCCCGUCGCCCCUUUCCCGACCGCACGAAGAGGGUUUCAGGGGCUUCUGCAGCCAACCACUGACCUUCUUCCGGCACCGCAAAGGCGUGUGGUGGGCGUGGUGGCUGCUGCGUGUCGUCACGCUUGUCGGCGCGCUCAUCGGCUUCGUGCUGCUCAUUAAAAAUUUCUACUUCUGGGGAGUGACGUGCCACUGGUGCAAGUAUCUCUCCUGCCUUCCGGUGACCGUGAACGGGGAAAAUUGGUGCAAUGUGGGCAAUCUGGACUUUACGCCGACGAACGAGACGACAAGUGGGAGACCUCUUGCGAGAGGGCUGACGGACACGGCGUAUAUGGCUGCGUUAGAGGUAAUGAACUCCGUGAUUUGA